AUAUCCCAGGACUUUCUACUCCUUCCUACGUGGAUAUCUCGGAUCAUUCUGGCUGGCGGCAUAUUUACCUUUACCCAGUGACCGGUGGUGAACCGAUUGCAUUGACAUCUGGUAACUGUGAAGUCACUGCGAUUUACUCAAUCGACGUUAAGCGCGGUCUGAUCCAUUACCAAUCCACGGAGCGUGAUUCUACCGAACGCCACAUCUUUACUGUGAGUCUCGAUGGAAAGACCAAAAAGCCUCUGGUAGAUAUCACCAAGGAAGGGUAUUACAGUGCCAGCUUCUCCCCCGGAGGAGGGUACUAUAUCCUGAGCUAUAAUGGACCAAACCUACCAUGGCAACUACUUCGUAGCUUAGGCUCCGAUACGCCCAUUCGGGUGAUAAACGACAACGCCUCCCUCAAGGGCAACCUCUCCGCAUAUUCUCUCCCCAAAAUCUCUUGGUCGAAGCUCAAGCACCCAGAUGGAUAUGAGCUGAACUUUUUGGAGCACCUACCGCCAAAUUUUCGUAAGGGGAAGAAAUACCCGGUACUAUUUGAUAUAUAUGGUGGCCCAGGCUCGCAGCUCACCGGAAAAACUUUCCGCCGGACGGUUGACUUUAACGCCUACCUGGGAUCGGAUCCCGAGUUGGAGUACAUCGUUGUCACCGUGGACAAUCGCGGAACGGGGUAUAAGGGGCGGAAGUUCCGUACCAUGGUCGCCGGUCAGCUGGGGAAGCUUGAGUCGGAAGAUCAAGUGUGGGCCGCUAAGGAGUACGGAAAACGAGACUAUGUUGAUGUAGGGAAGAUUUCUAUUUGGGGGUCGAGUUACGGUGGAUACCUCACCGGCAAAGUUCUUGAAUUGGAUUCCGGAGCAUUCUCUUUAGGCAUUGUAUGUCCUUUCCCCAAUUCCUCUACUUCCUCCGCCCCCGACCUAGCCGCUAAAGCAGAAUAGAUGACGGCUCCAGUAACAGAC